UACUUUCGGGUAAAAAGUAGUCUAGAUAGCUUUUUAGAUUUACCUAUUAAUUGCCAUACUCGCCUUCAUUGUACCUCAAUCUUCUUGCAUCCUUCUCAUCACCAUGUUCCAGCAAUAUUUUCAAGGAAAACGAGUUCUCAUAACAGGUGUUGGUCGAGGGAUUGGGAGAAGUAUUGCUAAACGAUUAGCUUCUUACGGGGCGCAUGUGACAGGCUUAUCAAAAACGGAAGAACUUCUCAACACUUUGAAAUUAGAAUGUCCAGAGAUUGAAACUAUCGCGAUUGAUCUCGAGGAUUGGGAUGCCACGAGGAACGCGCUCUUAUCUUUGGAUCCAUUCGAUUUUCUUGUCAAUAAUGCCGCAAUCUUUAUUCCCGGACUGUUUAAGGACAUUACGCCCAGCAAUUUUCACAAGAUAAUGUCGGUGAAUGUGGGGGCUUGCAUUAAUGUGGCACAAGUUGUUGCCGAGGGCAUGGAGAAAUCCGACAUUGCAGGAUCGAUCGUUAACAUUUCAUCCCUCGGAAGUACCUCCCCAUUUCCUGCAGCGUCUCUCUACUGCUUGUCAAAAGCUGCACUUGAUAUGCUCACCAAGCUCAUGGCAGUUGAAUUGGGACCAAAGAAAAUCCGUGUAAAUUCUAUUAAUCAGGUCGGGGUUGAUACGGACAUGUAUAAGCAGUUUUAUCAAACAUGCUCUAAUAAUGCUGGACUUGACGCUGAUGAAUAUCUGAGUCAACUUGAUGCCCGAAUUCCAGUCCGGAACUUCUUAAUGGAAAUGGACCACAUUGUUAACGCUGUUUUGUUUAUGCUUUCACCAUCAUCACCACAUAUUCAUGGUGAAAUGUUGUUUGUGGACGGAGGCAUUCGGCACACUUGAGAAUUAAUAAAGUUUCGGACCUCGUUGUUUCUGAUUUUAAAUA